AUGACUGAGACUGAGAACAAGGUGACUGAGACUGAGGGAGUAUCGGUGUCAUCGAGGAUAAUCAGGUGGAAUGACGCAUUCAUGAAUGGAUUCAAGGACACUCUUGAUAAUCUGGUAGAAAGAGUGCCACUUGGAAUAAAAGAGAGAAUAAACAAGGAUUCAGAGAGGAUGAUUUGUGUAUUAGGUGGAUUGUUUGUGAUAUUGGAUAAGUUAGUUAAAUAG